AUGGCGGGUCUGAACCUCCUCGGGCUCUCCCGCGCCUCCGGCAGACGACCCUCCGUGAGUCGCGCUCGCUUCGAUCCCCACUGGCCCUCACUUUCUCCCGCCCUCCCUUCCGCCCUUCCUCCCGCCCUCCCUUCCGCCGUUCCUCCCGCCCUCCCGCCUGCUCUCCUCCAUCCGUGCCGCUCUCCCUCCCCUCCCCUCCGCUCCGAUCCGCGCGACCCUCCUCCGCGGUACGCGCUCGUGGCCUCGCUGUCAUGGCGACAUCAGCAACUGGCCAGCGCUCUAGCCAACUCCAAUGCUGCUGCUGCUGCUGCUGCUGCUGGGGGGAGUGGGGCGAGUGGUGGGAGGAAUGGGGCAGCAGCAGCAGCGGCAGCAGCAGGUGACGGUGCUGCAAAGGAGGCGGAGAAAGAGAUGAACCCUGCAAAUCCCAUGCAUCUCCAUGCUGCCCCUCCCGCGUCCCCUCCUCCUCCUCCCAAGACCGUGCGCAAGCGGCGCAGGGCGAAGCCAACGGACUUGAUAAACCAGAGGCGGUGGCAGCAGUUCUACCGCAACAUCGUGCUCAUUGUGAACUACAAGCGCCCCCAGCAGAUGCCCGUCACGCUCGACCUCCUGCACUCGCUCUACGGCUCCCUCUUCCAGCGCAUCCUCGCUGUCUCUGAGUUUGGCGACGCCGACUUGGGGGUUCUCGAGUCGCCUGUCAAGGAGACAGGGCACGCCCACGACUUGCCGCCCGGGUCACUGCACUACAGUGUGCUGCCGAAGCUGCUGACGUGGCACCCCAUGGCGGAGGGCUUUUUGUGGAUGGAUGAUGACACGGUGCUCAACUACUGGACCAUGAGCCGCGAUAACAAGUCGUGCAUCUGGUUCCUGGGGCCCAUGCACCAGUCGUGGCGCAUCGCCAGCCUCGACCCCAGCGGAAGCGUGGCAGGGGGAUGGGGAGGGGAGGGGAAGGAGGCGGGAGCGGUGAGGUACAUGGAGGAUGCGAGUGAGCGCGUGGAGGAGAGUGGGGAGGCGCUGCAGCUUCUAAAGCAGGCCGUUUCCCAGGCGCUCUCCCACCUCCCCCAACAGUACCUGCAGCAGUACCAGCAGUCCAUCUCCCCCAAGACAAAUAUCUUUCUGCGGGCAGCGUCGGACGUCUUUUAUAUCCCGCAGCGCCAUGCGCCUGCGAUGCGCUCGCUCGUCCCCAUCUUUGCCGACCAUCGCAUUGUGGCUGAUGUAAGCUGCACCCUUCCUUCUCACUCCGUUUUGCUCUGUUCCAACAUCUACCCAUGUUUUUUUGGCACCUUCUUGGCCCCUUAG